AUGCCCCCAGCUAAAAUUCGUCGCAUUUUCUCGCCUGCCAACGAAGCCUAUCCAGAAGUAAACUUUUACGUUGAACCCCCCUUAGUGAAAAAGCUGUCAUAUUUGCUUCUCCAGGGCGAGCUCUGCCUUAUGCACGGACAUCGCCAAAGUGGAAAGUCAACGGUGAUAUAUGCAGUGCAACGAUAUCUCCACACCUUGACAGUGGACAUGGCUGGCUUCGGACGGACCACACCUGGCACCUAUAUUAUUUCAUUCGAUGCUGGGAUUGAUAUUGAUAAUGGAGUCGAUGCGUUCUGGAUGUCCAUAUGCAAAAAACUGCGUGUCUUGAAUCCAACUUUGUUUGCCUUUGACGAACAAUUGCGUGCCUCAUAUCUGGUCGGCAAGGAUCCUGCAAUAAUUAAUAGUCUGCUGGGGGUUGGUAGAAAUAAACUUGAUGCGAUUGAGCGACAACUAGAGGAAUAUGGACCAACAAUGAGAGUACAUGGUAACAUUAAACGCCUGCCUCAGCGAUCGAGUAAAGUAACCAUUACUCACGAUAAUGCCAAAGAAGUUUCAUCUUUAUCCUUAAUUAUGCUGAGAUCAAUGGGCUUCCAAGACCCGGUAGCCAUCUAG